AUGGCCCAACCUAGCUCGGAGCGCGAACGCGACCGUGAUCGCACAGAGAGGCACAGAAGCUCCUCUUCUCAUCACCACCAUCGCACUAUUUCCUCGACUACUCUUCUCCUCGCGCUUUCUCUGAUUUUGGCCGUUCUCGCAAUCACUUUGACAAUUCCGUCCUACUCCAACUCUGCGUCUGCCGCUUCCUCGGAUUCAAACGCUGGUCUCUUUGGUUACUUUACGCCAAAGCGUGCCCAAGGUCUCAUCGCUCGUGAGGGUGCCGUCGCUCUCCGUGAAGCCGAGGUUGCUCGCCGUGAAGCAGAACUUCUUGCUGGUUCUGCUGGUGGAAUCGCAGCUCCCUCUGCUGCCGUUCCUAUCCCUGCAGGCUGCCCACCAGGUACUCUAUCGAUUGUUACCCAGACUGUGACCGUCGAAAUGGUUCCCACCGGUGGUGUUGUUCGCGAGGUUAUCAAGGAAGUCGAGGCCAUUGGUGCUCCACCAACUGGCUACGCAGACGCUCGUAUCGAUAACCUCUAUCAGCGUGAGGCCAAAGUAUCUGAGCGCGAGCGCGAGGUCGGAAGCCGCGAGGAGGUUGUUGGCAAGCGCGAGACGGACGCUGCUCGUCGCGAGCAAUGGAUCAUGGAUCAACUCGUCAAACUCGGAAACGACAAGGUCGUCGAGGAGGAAGUGAUCUAUGAAGCGCCUCGCAAGAAGAAGGCUCCAAAACCGCGCGAGAUGCCGGAGAUGCAGCAGCAGCAUUAUCAACAGCAGUACCCGCCUCAGCCUUCUCAGCCUUCUCAACAUCGUCCUUUUAAUCAUCACCCCAUUCAACCACCCCAGCCGUCUCAACCACUCCAACCAUCCCAGCCAUCUCAACCUUCCCAACCCUCCCAGCCAUCUCAGCCUUCCCAACCUUCUCAGUUUCAGAAACGGCCUCAAUACGUUCAAGACGACGAUCAAUCCGAACCCGAAAAUCCCCAGUAUCGCCAUGGAGAGGCACCCGUUACAUUGACACCCGUCUUUGACGACCCGUCGGCGACACGCUUGGCUGCUCAGCCCAAGCCCAUCUCCUUUAGCGAGCCUACGGCGCCGUAUAUCGGCAAGACGACGGAGUAUGAAGUGAUUAUGGACGAGACCGAAGCACCACAGCCACCUCAAGAAACCGGCCGCGGUCUUCCUGUUCAUGAUGCUCACUACGAUGCACAUUAUGACGCUCAACAUGAUCCUCGAUACGAGCAGUAUGAUGCCCAGCAUGAUCCCCGAUACGAGCAGUAUCAUCCUGAACAUGAUCCUCGAUAUGACCAAUAUCAUCCUCACGACCAGUACCAACAACACCACCCUCAUGAUCAGUACCAACAACGUCACCCACAGGAUCAAUAUCAGCAGUAUCAAGCUCGAGACCAGUACCAGCAUUACGAGCAACCACAUGACCCAGAGCCGCCUCGUUUCUCUCGCCCCACCAUUGGCGACGAGGACGAAGAAGGUGAAGAGGAAGAAGAGCCGAGCGUCAAGACUGUUCGAAGGAAGACGGUAUCGGCUCGACCUCGCCCAACUCGCUGGCUCUGGUGA